AGCGUUCUUAAUUGGCAUUGGACAAUGUUGUAAUAAUACAGCUAUAGAUCUCUCGAACUGCAGCUCGCCCCUGAGAGUCAUAUAGGCUUACGUUAAACCAAGAAUGAUUCAGUUGAAUGAGUAACUGUCACUAACUCAAGAGAGGACUUCAGUCACACUUCAAACGGGUUACACUAUACUCUCUUAAGGAUCUCGCUCUUUUGCCUGGUACUUAUAUGUUUCGUCUCCAUAUACAAGGACAAGGUCCAAGCACGAUGAAGGCAUUUCUCGUGACGUGUGUAUUCGUAAUGUGCACCAUCUCCACGGCCUGGGGGUGUGUAUCCGGUGCGGGUCCAUCGUGGGAGAUAGGCGGCCAGAGACCAGGCGGUGGAAGAAGCAAGCCCGGACAUAUCGGAACAGGUGAACUAGAGGAAUCGAACACACCAGGUAUCCCCAUCGCCGUUGCGAGGUACUUUUCUGGAAACAUUACAAAGGAAGAAGCAUUUGAAAGUAUUGAGGAUCCUUUAGACCAAGACGAUCUUGUGUCAAUUGAUGAAUGGGUUGGUGCAGGUGGAUCCCAACUGGAAUUCCAUUUCAUGCUUCUCCGCCUGGAUUCCAAUGGUGAUAACCACAUCUCAUUGGACGAGCUCGAUGUUCAUAACCUACCCAGUAGAACAAACAAUGACCCCGUCGUUGAGACUGCCCCUCGUUUGCUCGAAUACCGAGGCGUUCCCGAUGAAGAAACCACCCCUGCGACAACCACACCGCGCCCGAGACGUCGACGGCCCGGUCAAAAUCGACCAGGAAGGCGUAAUCCGGGAAGACGCAACAGACCCCGUGGUAGAGCGAGAGCAAGGGCAUCAGGAAAAUAGUGUGAGCGUGAUCAUCCAUGGUGAAUGACCGUCACUGCGAAAAGAGCGUUACACCGGGGGAUGAUAACUCCUGAAUAACAGUCGCCAAUAAUGACUUUAAAUCGAGA